UGGAAAUAAAAAAAUGAACUCGUUCCUGAUUUACUUGUUUGUUCUCUUAAAUAUCCUUGUGUGCAUCAAAGCUGAAAAGAUGACUUACAUGGCAAGCUAUUGUCCAAAUACAACUAGUGAUUAUGCAGAACGAAGCAAAUUUCAGUUCAAUCUUAACCGCUUGUUGUACAGAUUACUGUACAAUAAUGCUAGCAAUUCCAUCUACGCAAAUCCUAGCGUAGGUGAAGUUCAUGGAUUGUAUCUCUGUAGAGGAGACGUUGCGCCGAAAGACUGCCAAAACUGUAUCGACAUGGCUACUGAGAGGAUCCAACGCGAAUGUCCGCUCAAAAAACAGGCAGUUAUAUGGUAUGAUCAGUGUUUGGUUCGCUAUUCUGAUAUACCUAACUUCGCAUCCACGUUUAAUGUCUCGUCUUAUUAUUGGAUCGUUUACAACUCGGAGAGCUUUUCAUGGACGACUCAAGUUAAAGGGAUUUCAGAUGCAAUGUUUGAUAACCUUACUCCUAAAGUUACAAAUGAUUUGAAAUAUGCGGAGAGUCUAGAUGAAAUCACACCGUUGUCAUUAUCUCAGAAGUUGUAUGGAAUGGUGCAGUGUAUACCAGAUUUGUCAGCCGAAGAUUGUCGUGCUUGCCUCAAGGGUGCGAGGUCUGUAAUACCUAAAUCUGUACCUCGUGAAUGUAGAGUUGUACAUGAGAGCUGCCAUUUAAGCUAUCAAUUCAAAAAUCCUGAGAAAGGGAGGAGCACGGGAGCACCACCACCGCCAUCACCCACACCAGGAGGCAAAGACGAAGGGAGUAAUGGAACACCACCACCGCAAUCAACCACACCGGGAGACAAAGACCAAGGGGAAAAUACUUGGAAUACCAAGGUUAUUUGUAUCGUCGUAGGUGUAAUAGCACUGCUGGCCGUUGUAUUGACAGGAUCUUGCCUUUACCUUAAGAGAAGAAAUAGAAGAAGAACUGAGAGAGAGAGGAUGCAAAGGAGACGACUGAUUCAAUUGCUUGACAUGGAAGGAAACUUACUUGAUGAAUUUUAGUUGAUAGAUUUGAUUAAGUUGUAUUUUGUUUUAAUCUCAAUUUUUUCUGCUUCUUGCUAUUUUUAACCCCUCUUGUUGUUGUGUGAUUACAGGUGUGAAAUACAAUAAAUCUCUAUUUUUUCCA